ACACAAAACAACCAACUCAGCCGGACCUAACCGUGAUUUCGCAGUAGAAGAUGCUCAAAGCUCAAGUGUAGCGAGAAAAUCUAAUCAGUUGUUUGUGGUUCCAGUCUACUCCUAUAAAACGCAAUUUGCUAAUGUUUUUUAAUUAUUAGGUUUUAAAUAAUUGUAGCCAUUUCAUAAAAAAUGUUGCGCUUCAUCAUUUGUCUGUUUUUCAUUGUGGUUGCGACAAACGCCGAAUUACUCAGGAUUCCUGUGUAUAAAACGAAAACUCCUAGAAGGCUUCUGCAGGAAGUUGGAACAGAUGUCAAUCUAGUGCGAAUUCGAUAUGGAGAUUUGACGCCAGAACCUCUUUCCAACUAUUUAGAUGCUCAAUAUUAUGGAGUCAUUACAAUUGGAAAUCCUCCACAAAAGUUUAGUAUUCUUUUCGACACUGGCUCCUCAAACCUUUGGGUGCCAUCCAAAAAAUGCCACAUGACCAACAUUGCUUGCUUGCUCCAUAAUAAAUAUGAUAGCAAAAGGUCAAAGAGCUAUGUUAAAAACGGAACCGAUUUUUCCAUUCAAUACGGCAGUGGAAGCCUUUCUGGUUUCUUAUCCACCGACACUGUUAAUGUGGCAGGAGCUAAUAUUGCGAACCAAACGUUUGCUGAAGCAAUGAGUGAGCCUGGAUUAGCAUUUGUUGCUGCUAAAUUCGAUGGUGUUUUAGGAAUGGGCUACUCCAGAAUUUCAGUCGAUGGCGUGACUCCAGUUUUUUACAAUAUGGUUAAACAAGGAUUGGUUCCACAACCCGUCUUCAGCUUCUACCUUAACAGAGACCCAUCGGCUGAAAUCGGCGGAGAAAUGAUAUUGGGAGGUUCUGAUCCUGAGCAUUACGAGGGUGAAUUCACGUAUGUCCCUGUUGAUCGCAAAGCCUAUUGGCAAUUCAGAAUGGACAAAAUUGAAGUUGGUGGCAAGACUUUCUGUGAUGACGGAUGCGAAGCCAUCGCUGAUACUGGAACUUCUCUGAUUGCUGGUCCAGUCGACGAGGUUAAAGGAAUCAACGAGAAACUUGGCGCUACUCAAAUCGUUGGCGGCGAAUGGAUGAUCAAUUGCAACUUGGUUGCCGAUUUGCCAGAAAUCGACUUUAUCAUCGGUGGCAAGAAAUUCUCAUUGAAAGGAGAACACUAUGUUCUCAAGGUAUCCCAGUUCGGCAAGACGAUUUGUCUCAGUGGAUUCAUGGGAAUUGAUAUUCCUCCCCCGAACGGACCACUAUGGAUCUUGGGAGAUGUUUUCAUCGGACGUUUCUACACUGAAUUCGACAUGGGAAAUGAUCGUGUUGGCUUCGCCCCUGCCAAAUAGGCAAACCAUUCCUAGACUAGUUUAAGAUUUCACUAGUUCGAAAAUUUUGAAAUAAAGUGAUUCUUACUUCUAUUAUUUUAAGAAUCCUUUUUAUUCCAAUCUAGGGUGAUAAUGACGUCAUAUACUCGUUACCAAUUUAUUAUAUACUGUGCGUAUGAACAAAGUUUUGUGAACAAAAAAAUAAAGUGUCUUUUUAUCA